AUGCUGGUUGACGAAGACGAGUUCUGUUUCGAUUCAUUCGAUACUUCGUAUGGUUAUGCACCAAAGUGGUCACGAAAAAUAUCUCAACGAGCUGACGAGCAGAAUGAAGUCGGCGAUGUGGAUUUCUUUGUCCCUAAGCCGGCAGGAAGUUUGCAAGAGAACAGUACAACCUGUGCAGUACCUGCUUCCACCUCAUUUUUGCGAACUGAUGUAAGCUCGGAGUCACCAAAGAGCUUCGCCGUUGAAACCGUUGUUCGGGCUAAAUGUAGCAAAGAGGCUGUCUUAUUAACCGAGCAGUCAGGAACUUCUCCAUUAGAAGUGGAAAAGUUAUUCAAUAAGUUCAGUGAGAAGGACGGUACACUUCUUGCCACUCAACUGAACAGAGAACUGACGGACGAGUGGAAUUCUACUUCGUUAUUUAGCGGUUUGGGUGCUGAUCAUGCAGGACUGAUUGUGGGCGAUUCUCUUCUGCAAACGUAUGAUCUACUGUGCAACAUCAAUUUGCAUCUUCUUGUCAUGCAGCGGGAGCUGCUUAAACAUGAAAAUAAUAUUCGUGAGCUUUGCAAUAAGGAUGAGGUGACUGCGGCGAGCUUUGCUGUACUGCAUCUACGUCUCUUCGAGAUCGAGUUGCUUCGCUUAACUGUACUGUUAUGGGAGUUCCUUUCAGAUCGACAAGGAAUAGCUCACCUACCUCCACCUUCCCUUUUUUGA